UAACUUUCUGAGGGCAACUGUAAGCCGGAGACUGAACGACAUCAGUAAAGGAAUUGACAUUGUCGUGCACAUGCUCAGUAUGUACCCAGAACUCAACUCGUCGAUCAAGAUGAAAGUGGGAAUCGAAGACUGCCUACACAUCGAGUUUGAGUACAACAAGUCCAAGUAUAACUCUGUUACCAUGGUUUAUCAUAUUUGAAAUAAAUUGAUUGGAAGGCUUGCGAUAUUCCUGUUUUUGAAUGGUGGGCGAGAUAACAGAGCUUUAGUGAAACUUCAGUCUCCCUGGUUGAACUUCCCUAAACUCCCAUGAUAAUAGCGUUGUUAUAUCAUAUGAUUUGUGAGGAAAAACCACCUGAACAUAAUAGAACAUUUGAAGUAGCUUGUGUCGCAAUACUAUAUAAACACUGACCGGUUUGAGGGGAGUGAAACAUUGUCAUAGUUCUUGUUAUUAUGACAAAACUUCUGUCAGUACUGAUUAUUAGCAUUUGAUGGAAGUGGCUAGUUAAACAAAACCAGCUUGGUUUUCAGUCUCUCCUUGUCCAUAGACUGCUUUCAAGGUAAGGAUAAUAAUAUGUAAAUAUGUCAUUUUAGCUGUGAACUAUCAUUUUAACGCAGGUACCACCUAAAAUAUGUAAUUGUGGGGAAGAUUUACUUCCUGUUGGUACGGAUCAAGAUCAGACACAUGGAGAUUGACAUCAUCAAGCGAGAGACGACUAGCACGGGCCCAAAUGUGUACCAUGAUAACGACAUCAUAGCCAAGUAUGAGAUUAUGGACGGAGCACCAGUGAGAGGUGAGUGGCAUUGACAACCAGUGGAGGCUGGUGGAAGGGGAAAUCUGAGGACGGGCUCAUUGUUAUGGCUAGAAUGGAACUGUAUGUUUGAUCAUUUUCCAUUCACUUCAUUCCAGCCAUUACAAUGAGCCCGUCCUGCGGUUUCUCCUUCUACCAGCCUGCACGGUUGACAAGGCUGGAUUUACACAAAUGCUGGGCAUGGGACAUGGACUAAAAGCGUCUGACAACAUUUUGGGAUUUUACAGUGAACUAUCACUUUAAUAAUAUGGGUUUUGUCUUUCAGGGGAGUCCAUCCCUAUUCGACUAUUUCUGGCUGGCAAUGAGAUCACUCCUACGAUGAGGGACAUCAACAAGAAGUACUCUGUGCGGUACUACCUCAACCUGGUGCUCAUAGACGAGGAGGAGAGGCGUUACUUCAAACAGCAGGUACAUGCAGUUAAUUUGUGGUACAUCUCAAUAGUCAAGGUCAGCACAUUGUUCAUUUCAACUCUGUGCAUGAGUGCUGUGUAACAGUAGGGCUCUAACAAUACAUUGAUUUGUAUUAUGGGUGUGAAGAAAGGAAACCAAAUAGAGGUCCUAUCAUACCUGUAUCACACCAUACUGAAUCGUAACAUGAGUUGUACAUCACUAUAUACUAGUUGGCUGUGUGUUACCUGGGAUGUGUUGAUUAGCACAACAAAAAAGUAAUAUUGAACAUUCUUACUGGACAGGUCCAGGUAGUCUCUCCCUGUUUCUUUCUGUUUUUGUCCAUUUGGUGCCUCAUUAACACGACCCUGUUUUGUAGCCUUGUUCUAGGAGAUCCCUCUGUGGAGGAGGGGGGGCGUAGUGAGGAAGAGCAUGUCCCACCAAGCGGCCAUCGCCUCGCAGUGCUUAGAGGGCUCGUCCAGUGAAGAGAAAGCCCUUGGUCAUGCCCAGGCUAAGGAA